AGGCAAACCCUGCAGACCAGCGCUGCCCACAUGGAAACAAGACUCCACUCUGUUAUCUGUCUGCACAGGGAAAAAGAAAGCCGAAGACUUUGGGUUUAUGGUAACUCAGUAGUUAUGUUGACAGUGUUAAGGAUAAAAACUGGACAAAAUAAGUUUGUUUUGUGCUCCAAUUUUAAUCAAUAGGUUUACAUUUCUGAUGUUGUUAAUGUUUCUUUAAUAUGUCCUACUCAAAUCAAUUGCAGACAAACAUCACUGUUGAACUGCAGUAUCAGGGGUUUCUGGAAAUAGUGUUCUUUACCAUUCUGACUACAGUGGCAUGUUGUGUGUUUCUCUUCAUUAAUGUGACCUUGUUAUUCACCUUGAGGAGUAAACCAGUGUUUUGUGACACCUCUCGUUACAUUCUGCUGUUUAACCUCCUUCUUGCAGACUCUGUACUGAUGGCAGAGAGUCAGUUAAUGUACAUAAUGGCUGCUUGUAAAAUAACAAUGACAUAUCCUGUGUGUGGCUUUCUCAACAUGCUUGGUUAUCUCACAAAUGAAAUCUCUCCUCUCACACUGGUGGUGAUGUGUCUGGAGAGAUUUGUAGCUGUGUGUUACCCACUGAGGCACGCUGCCAUCAUCACCGUCAGAAACACAGGGGUGGCUGUUUGUGUUGUUUGGGCCUUCAGUUCACUCAGUGUUUUUAUCCAAGUUCUUCUAAUGUUAAAAUUUCCAUUUGCAGAGCUGGAGAGUCUGCAGAUGAGAGAUUUUUGUGGCAAAGACAAAAUGAUGUUUGAUCCAGUAGCUGCUGAUUACGACAAAGCCUACAAUUGUUUUCUGUUUGUAUUAGCUGGCGUGGCAGUCAUUUCCUCCUAUAUUGGUGUGAUGAUAGCAGCCAGGUCGGCCUCCACAGACAAAGCUUCAGCCCGUAAGGCUUGUAACACACUGCUGCUGCAUCUGGUGCAGCUGGGCCUCUGUCUCUCCUCAACUGUGUACAAUCCAUUGCUUAUCGUUAUCUUUGAAAAUCUAGACGGGCCCAUGUUUUUGCGCAUCCAGAAUAUUAUUUAUAUUUGUACUAUCAUGCUUCCAAGAUGUCUGAGUGCUCUCAUCUAUGGUCUCAGAGACCAGACCAUCAGACCCGUCCUCAUGUACAAUCUCUGCUGCAGGCUGUUCCAGAGCUUUGCGGCCCUGACAGCAAACUGUCCCCUUUAGUUUAUAGAGACUCUAGAACAGACAGCAGACCUCUGCCCAAAAAUCUCAAGCUUUGUGCUGUUACGUAUGGGACUAAAAGGUCAGAGAUAUAACAGGGAGAGAGGCCAUGAAGAGCUUUAAAAGUAAUCAAUAACAUUUUAAAGUCAGUUAUUCUAAAACAUGCUGGGAGCCAGUGUAAUGAAGCUUAAAAGGGGUGAUGUGAUCAUAUUUCUUCGUUCUGGUUAAAAGCCUGGCAGCUGAGUUCUGGACAGUCUGGAGUUGAUCAA